GGGCCUUCCGAUGGCUGCGCGAGCGCUGGACGUCACCUUAUCCCACUACACAGAUGAACCACCAUGAGGGCGAACGGUCAAUCGAACAGACAAAAACCGUCAUUUGACACAGAGCUGGAAUUUGGAGGAGUUUUGGGGUCACUAUGCAUUAUCAUCUUCCUUCCACUGACGGUGCUCUUCCUGAUCAGCGUGAGUCAAACUCCCGAGGCCGGGCUUCUCCAGUGGCCUCCUGCGUUGCCCUCUACAGAGCAGUUGUGGGACCCUUUGGCACCGUUGCUCCUGACUGGAUGGCUGGUUUUUCACGCUGUCCUCUAUUUCCUUCCCGUUGGAAAGGUCUCAGAGGGGUUGGUGCUGAGAGAUGGAUCCCGCCUCAAGUACCCAAUAAAUGGUUUCCAUGGCUGCUGCAUCUCAGCUGUACUGCUGGUGCUCAUGCUGGGACUCGGAGCUCCUCUGGGCUACUUGUAUGAGCUGCAGCUGCCUCUAGCCACGUCUGCCAUACUGGCCUCCGCGCUGCUGUCGCUCUACCUCUACAUCCGCUCCUUCUGGGCUCCUGCUCACGCUCUGGCACUGGGAGGCAACACAGGCAAUCCGGUGUACGAUUUCUUCAUCGGAAGAGAGCUCAACCCUCGGAUUGGAAAUUUUGACCUUAAAUAUUUCUGUGAACUCAGACCUGGACUUAUAGGCUGGGUGCUGAUAAACCUUGGAAUGUUGGUGAAAGAGGUGGAGCUCCGUGGAUCCCCGUCGCUCGCCAUGAUACUGGUCAACUGUUUCCAGCUCCUGUAUGUGGUGGACGGCCUGUGGAAUGAGGAGGCUGUUCUGACCACGGUGGACAUCGUCCAUGAUGGUUUUGGCUUCAUGCUUGUGUUUGGAGAUCUAGCCUGGGUCCCUUUCACUUACAGUCUGCAGGCGGCCUUCCUGGUGGAACACCCGCAGACGCUGACUUUACUGCGAGCUGCUGCUAUCGUGGUUCUUAAUGGUAUUGGAUAUUAUAUAUUCAGAAAAUCAAACUCUCAGAAAAAUCAGUUCAGGAGAGAUCCCACACACGCUAGUGUUUCAAGACUAGAGACCAUCGCCACCCCGACUGGCAAGCGGCUGCUGGUGUCUGGCUGGUGGGGACUUGUCCGUCAUCCCAAUUAUCUGGGCGAUGUUCUCAUGGCGCUGGCCUGGUCGCUGCCCUGUGGCUUCUCCCACAUCCUGCCUUACUUCUAUGUGCUUUAUUUCACUGUGCUGAUAAUACACAGAGAGGCCCGUGAUGAGCGGCAGUGUCGAGCAAAGUAUGGACCAGCGUGGGACACGUACUGUCGACGUGUUCCUUACAGGAUCUUCCCCUACAUCUACUGACAUGAAACUGUAGAACCCAGAUCUCACUUCUCUUACCUUUGAAGCCCUGUGUCGGUUUGUUUUUGAAACUUGUUUUUUUUUUGCUUUCAUAACAGCCACAAGUUAUGUUUUGUAAGUAUUUGCUUGUUGUUCAUAUUCAUUCAGAGUAGGUUGGCUGUUAGCAAGCAGCUGAGCAUGCAGUACCCACAUGGGAAGGAGUGCCACAGAACACUGAUGUUCUCUGAUGAUAUAGGGAUUUAUUGGCAGAAUAUAGGUGGAGGUGAAGAUGGAUAUUUGUCUGCAGGAGCUACGCAGAAUUCAUGUGUUGUGGAAUUUGGAGUCAGUUCUUCGGAGUUGUGCUCUGAGAUCAAGGGAGGUGAAGAAGAGAGUGCAGACAGCGUGGAAAGUGGACAGUUGGAAGUGGAGGAAGUUGUGGAGCAAAGUGAGGAAGCUGGACAUAAAUACCAAAGGUUGAUAGAAAUUGUACUUUUCUAUCAAAUGAGCUGAAGUUUGAUAAAGUUGCAUGACCGCUAUGAAGCAGGUCAUUUUAAUGUUUCUUACAGUCACCAUGAAGGUCCUGUUUCUUGACUGUGUUUUUUUCUUUUCUAUUCAUGUUUACAUUCAAGUGCUGUCACUGUAUCAGAAACAGGAAACAUACUAAAGCAACAGUGAACAAAAUAUUGACUGCUUUGGGGUUUUUUUUAAUACUGUGACCACAGUAAUACGAUAACAAUUUCAAAUGCAUCACAAGUGUCGUGGACUGCUCAUCUCACGCCUGGAUGCAGUGGUUUUCCCCUGAUGCUUGGGUGAGCUCAGAUAUUGGGUAGUGCCUAUUUUCCUGCUGCAGUGGCGAGAGUGUGGUCUUAAAGUUGGAAAAAAUGUCAUCUUGAAGAUAGAACCAAAAUGCUACCCCCUUCAUUUUAUACUCCUUUUGUACUUGAUGAGCAGAGGUCCGUCUGCCAGUAAUGCAUGUGUGUGGCCCGAAACUUUGACCCCAGCGACGUCAUCAUCUUAAGAUGACCUAUUAAAAAGUUUACGUUAAUGGCUCGACAAAAUAAUUCAGUAUUGCGCCUUGUUCUCCUCAGCGUUAUUUGUCAGUUAUUGGAGCGAAAUGUCUUCUCUCACCUGCGCAAAUGACUUAAGAACAUUUGUGUCCUGGUUAUGUGUCUGUCAGAUUUCAAUGUCCCAACUAUUCUCCCAGAACAAAGAUGUGGGGUAGCUUAUUAUGAGCUGUCAGUGCUUUCAGUCCCAGCAUGUGGACUCUCUGAAGAUGGAGCGUCAUUUAGCAAAUCACUUGGAAGAAGUUCUUUUGUCUUCUGAGCUGUGACUGUGUGGAGCUGUGGAAACUCUGCAAUAAACCAGAUAAAUGAGCUGGUGCUGGAACACAGCUGGUGUGAACCUCCAUUUGUCACCUUUCAGUCCAUUUACUGUCGACCCCCAACUUCGCCUACACAGCUCUCGAGCUGUAAUGCUGUUUCUCAAAUGCACAGUGAUAAUUACACGCCCCGCUGGCCCUGUUUGGUUGAAUGUGGCAGAAAUAACCCCAGGUUGGUGGUUAUGAUUUUAUGACACUGCAGUGAUACAUGUCUUGCACACGACACUUUUUCAUUAAUGUUACUAAGUGUCUUCUACUACUGUUAAGAUCAAGAAGUUUGUCUUUUUAAAGCAGGAUUUACACCUCAAAUAUGCUCAACGUUCUAUUGGCAAAGUAGUUCUUGAUCUAUUCAAUCUGGUGGCACAGUCAAUUUUCAAAAACAUGUAAUGUUCCUUCUUUAUUAGUUGCAGUAAGGGGGAAGGGAACAUGACAUUUAUUGAAGAAUCUGAUUGGCUGAGUAUUACGUCCGCUUUUGUUUGAUAUUCAGAGCUGAAACUGACAUUCCUCUCCUGAUGCUCGUAUCAGAAGAGAUGUAAACUCAGAUGAAAGCUUUAACACCAACAGUCAGAAACUCAAAGUAGGGAUAUGAUGUGAAUCAAGUUAAAAUACUGGCUGCAUCAGGUCUGAAAAACAUAAACAUUCAAGUGAUAAAGUAAAGAAUUCAUUCAUUCCAUGUGUGAGUGUUACAUUCUUAUUCUUAUUCUUAUUCUUGUAACAUGCACACACACACAAAAAUCACUCAGACACAAAUUCACACGCAGUUACACACAACACCUGAUACAUUUCAAUGAAUAUGAUUCGGGAGAGACACAUCACCUGCUCAUGUAUUUCCCUGUCACAUUCUAUUUUUGUGUUGUCAUACUGAAGACCAGGCGGACUCAAGACCACAUUUCCAAGGUUUUGGCUUUGUCUCACAUAUGGGCUCGGUCUUGUCUCGGUCAUGCUGGACUCUGUCAUGCUGGAGUCUUCAUCUGUAUAUUUGUAAAUAGAACUCUAAAAACAGAUUAACUCAUUUCAGUAAAACUUCCAUGGUCAUCUGAAAGAAGCUGGUCUUGAAGGGACUUGAUUUUGAUGGUCCUCCACAGGUAUGUUUGGAUGUACGAUGGAAAUCAUUCUGUUUUGUUCAGUAUUCCGUAUGGUGCCUUGGUUUUGCCCCUUUGUUCUGUCUGUUCUUGGUCUUGACUCAGUGUCAGGUGAAGUGGUCUCCACUAUAACACUACAUUUUCUUCUGAAGUCACACCUGGCUCAGUUUACAUCUAGUAAUGUGCCACCACAGAAAUCACAAUACGGCUUGCAAUUUAGAGAUGGAAAACACUUUUCAUUGUUA